AUGGCCGAUUCGAUGAAGGCCCUACGAUAUCACGGCGCGAAAGACCUCCGCGUCGAGUCUGUCCCAAUCCCAGAACUCCUACCUGGCCAGGUCAAAGUUAAGCCUGAAUGGUGCGGUAUCUGUGGAACCGACUUGCAUGAAUAUAUUACUGGUCCAAUUCUUACACCUGCUGUCGGCAAGCCUCAUAGGCUGACCGGCUGUACUGUACCAUUGAUUAUGGGUCAUGAGUUCGCCGGAGAAAUUGUUGAACUCGGGCCAGGCGUUGAACCGGGAAGGCUCAAGGUCGGGAUGAAGGUUUGCAUUGAGCCUGCUCUCUUCGACGACACUUGUCCCCCGUGCCUUGACAGACGCCGUAACUGCUGUGAUAGGGGAGGCUUUUUUGGGCUUUCAGGUUGGGGAGGUGGAUUCUCGGAGUACGCUUGUUUGCAGGAAAAGCUCGUUCAUCCGCUACCAGAUAACGUCCCCACCGACAUUGGAGCUCUUGUCGAACCACUUGCUGUGGCAUGGCACGCCCUCAAAGCAGCCGGUCACACACCAGAUCGAUCAGCUUUAAUUGUUGGAGCUGGUCCUAUUGGGCUUGCUGUCUUGUUCUGCUUGCUUGCUAGGGGUUGCCGCCAGAUCUUGAUAUCUGAAGUCUCUCCCCAACGUAUCAAACAUGCUCUCGAGAUUGCCAGUUCUCACCCAGAAGUAGAUAUCAGAGUGCUCGAUCCUACGAAAGAAGAUGUUGUUGUGAGAGCAAAGGAACUCUGUUCUCAGGGUAAUCAGGGCCCAAAUGUCGUCUACGACUGUGCCGGCGUCCAGAAAUCUAUCGACGCAGCUAUUGGGGCUGUUAGAAAAGGAGGCGUAGUUUGUAACGUCGCCGUUUGGGAAAAGCCCCCUAGUAUCGACAUGAACGCUUUGGUUUUCGGCGAAAAGAAGCUCAUUGGCGUAGCUCUCUAUGAUGAAGGUGAUUUCCAGGAAGUGAUCGAAGCAAUAUCUACAGGCAAGAUAAGGAAUCCGGAGAAAUUGAUAACGGCGAAGGUAGCCCUCGACGACGCAGUCACUAAUGGUUUCGAAGCGUUGCUGAAGUCUCGUGAACAUGUGAAAAUUCUUGUCCGCCCUUAA